AUGUCGUCCGCCGAAGCCUCCACCCCAUCUGCCGAAUCGGCGGCGCAAGAUACCCCGGCUAUCACGCAAAGAGACAUUUGUGAUCGAAUGCGAGAACUACAUCUUCCCUCCGACCUGACGAACGGAGGUCUUGAUAUGACCGAGGCGGUCAAGCUCUACUGGGACCGCGGUGAAGAGAUUACGCACCGGUUGAACGUUGUUUAUAAAGAAGUUGAAUUCGUGGGUAAUGAGAUGAGUGGGAUUAGGGCUGCUGAGGCGAGGGCUAAAUGGACAGAGGAGGAUCAGAAUGAGCAAAUCAAGAAUUUAAAGAAGGAAAUAAAUCUAAUAAAGGGAGAGUUACUUGAGGUAAGGGCGUAA